AUGUACUUACUACAACAAUCACAUCUACACUCCUACAACAGCUUUAGCAUCUACGACAACCACUGCAGCCCUAACAACAACAACUGCUGCUCCUAUGACCACUACAGCUCCAGUACCUAUUACGACAACCACUGCAGCUCCUGCUACAACAACUACAACUUCAGCUCCUACGACAACCACAACAACAGCACCUCCAACAACUCCCACAACAACUGCAGCUCAUACAAUAGCUUUAGCAUCUACGACAACCACUGCAGCCCUAACAACAUCAACUGCUGCUCCUAUGACCACUACAGCUCCAGAACCUAUUAUGACAACCACUGCAGCUCCUGCUACAACAACUACAACUUCAGCUCCUACGACAACCACAACAACACAGCUGCCUCUGCGACAACCACUGCAGCUCUAUCUACAACAACUGCUGCUCCAACGACCACUACAACUCCAGAACCUAUUACGACAACCACUGCAGCUCCUGGUACAACAACUACAACUUCAGCUCCUACGACAACCACAACAACAGCACCUACAACAAGUACAACUUCAGCUCCUACGACAACCACAACAACAGCACCUCCAACAACUCCCACAACAACUGCAGCUCCUACAACAGCUUUAGCAUCUACGACAACCACUGCAGCCUUAACUACAACAACUGCUGCUCCUACGACCACUGUAACUCCACAACCUACUACGACAACCAGUGCAGCUCCUACUACAACAACUGCUUUUCUAACGACCACAGUGACUGCAGCACCUUCUACAAUAACUACAACUUCAGCUCCUACGACAACCAUAACAACAGCACCUACUACAACACCUCUGCCUCUGACAACCACUGCAGCUCUAUCUACAACAACUGCUGCUCCAACGACCACUACAACUCCAGAACCUAUUACGACAACCACUGCAGCUCCUGGUACAACAACUACAACUUCAGCUCCUACGACAACCACAACAACAGCACCUCCAACAACUGUAGCUCCCACGAUAACUGCAGCUCCUACAACAGCUUUAGCAUCUACGACAACCACUGCAGCCCUAACAACAACAACUGCUGCUCCUAUGACCACUACAGGUCCAGAACCUAUUACAACAACCACUGCAGCUCCUGCUACAACAAGUACAACUUCAGCUCCUACGACAACCACAACAACAGCACCUCCAACAACAGCCUUAGCAUCUACGACAACCACUGCAGCCCUAACUACAACAACUGCUGCUCCUACGACCACUGCAACUCCACAACCUACUACAACAACUACAACUUCAGCUCCUACGACAACCACAACAACAGGACCUACUACAACAACUACAACUUCAGCUCCUACGACAACCACAACAACAGGACCUACUACAACACCUACGACCACUGCAACUCCACAACCUACUACAACAACUACAACUUCAGCUCCUACGACAACCACAACAACAGCACCUCUAACUACAACAACUGCUGCUCCAACGACCACUACAACUCCAGAACCUAUUACGACAACCACUGCAGCUCCUGCUACAACAACUACAACUUCAGCUCCUACGACAACCACAACAACAGCACCUCCAACAACUCCCACAACAACUGCAGCUCCUACAACAGCUUUAGCAUCUACGACAACCACUGCAGCCCUAACUACAACAACUGCAGCUCCUGCUACAACAACUACAACUUCAGCUCCUACGACAACCACAACAACAGCACCUCCAACAACUCCCACAACAAAUGCAGCUCCUACAACAGCUUUAGCAUCUACGACAACCACUGCAGCCUUAACUACAACAACUGCUGCUCCUACGACCACUGUAACUCCACAACCUACUACAACAACUACAACUUCAGCUCCUACGACAACCACAACAACAGUACCUACAUCAACUGUAGCUCCCACGACAACUGCAGCUCCUACAACAGCUUUAGCAUCUACGACAACCACUGCAGCCCUAACUACAACAACUGCUGCUCCUACGACCACUGUAACUCCACAACCUACUACAACAACUACAACUUCAGCUCCUACGACAACCACAACAACAGCACCUACUACAACACCUGUAGUUCCUACAACUGCGACAACCACUGCAGCUCUAACUACAACAACUGCUGCUCCAACGACCACUACAACUCCAGAACCUAUUACGACAACCACUGCAGCUCCUGCUACAACAACUACAACUUCAGCUCCUACGACAACCACAACAACAACAUCUCCUGAUACAACAACUUUAACUUCUACGUCAACCACAGCAGCUGCCUCUGCGACAACCACUGCAGCUCUAACUACAACAACUGCUGCUCCAACGACCACUACAACUCUAGAACCUAUUACGACAACCACUGCAGCUCCUGCUACAACAACUACAACUUCAGCUCCUACGCCAACCACAACAACAGCACCUCCAACAACUCCCACAACAACUGCAGCUCCUACAACAGCUUUAGCAACUACAACUUCAGCUCCUACGACAACCACAACAACAGCACCUCCAACAACUCCCACAACAACUGCAGCUCCUACAACAGCUUUAGCAUCUACGACAACCACUGCAGCCCUAACAACAACAACUGCUGCUCCUAUGACCACUACAGCUCCAGAACCUAUUACGACAACCACUGCAGCUCCUGCUACAACAACUACAACUUCAGCUCCUACGACAACC